AUGCGGUUCUCAACCUCCAUCCUCACCACGGCCCUGAUUGCUGGCGGUGCAGUCUCAACCGUCCACGCAGCAUUGCCCAAGGCUAAUGAGUACAAAUCCUCUGACUGUUCUGGUGCACUCAACUACGGUCACCACUCUGCCUUCCUCGGGGAUGUCACCAUGGACGACUCGUCGCACUCUGUCUACCUUGCAGGUGCCAAUUGGGUCGGCUUCUCCGACAAGACUAGCAAUGGUGGCAAAUGCAGUGGCUCGGCAUUGACCGUGUUGCAGGGGGAGUGUAACAAUCUUGACACCGCUCACCCGGGGAAGCGGAUCAAGUGUGUUAGAAACAUUGACUGA